AUGGCGGCGCCUGCGGGGCUUUCCAGGCUAGCGGCUCUGCAUGGCCAUGUGGCCGCCGGACUUUCUCCACAAAUCUCCUCCGAAACGGCGCCCGAGCUGGACGUCUUCGUGGAUGUGAGCAGCAUCGAUUGUUACCUGGCGCUGGACAAUUUGAUCGCUUCGCUGGGGUGCUUUCGCCUGAAUUGGCGCUGCAGCAAGGCUAAAGCUCGCAUGUCGGUACCCAUUGGCUCCCCAGCGAGGAUGUCCGCCCUCUCCAAGAAGCAGGCGUACCAACUGCGUGUCCACCAGACCUACGCUCAGCUCAGGGGUCUGCCUCUGGACCUACCGGAGGGAGAAUUCUCGGCACCUGGCUUCGCCGUGGCCCUCGCCUACAUGUCCAGAUGCGAGGCUGCAGCGGCCACGCACGCGUUUUUGCGCAGCUGCUUUGCCCUCGUGUUUGACGGGUCCAAGCAUCAACAAGAGCUCGACGUGCCAGCGAUGGGGAGGCUCAUCGCAGAAAGCGGCGGGUCUGAGGCAAGGUUUCUGGAGUGGCAAGCCAGCGAGGCUGAGCGCACCUUUUAUCCCCCUCAGCUCCUGGACACCUACCCGGCCACGCAGAGUGUGUGGACCACGCCUUUUGUGGUCGACCGCGAGACGAACGAGGCGCUGCUUGGCGGUCCCAUCCCUGCAAUCGUCAUUUUCCCAGAGCUUCCGAACCUUUGCCCACCAGGGGCCAUCGUGCAGAACAACUUGAUUACUCUUGUCUACAUCGACGAGUUCACGCUUCCCCUGCUCGCUUUGCACCUGCGCAAGAGUGCCCGUGAAGUUGCUACCAGACCUGAAGGACGUGGCUGGGACGUGCCGGAGGUGCCAGAGGCCCUGAGCCGCCCCGUGGCCCGAGCCCUCUUCCCGACUCCGCGGAAGAGCCCCUACGCCUACCUGGCCAUCGAGCCUACCUAUGCCCUUGAGGAAGACUUUCACGUGGAGCUGGCAUGGAAGCCCUUUGUCCUUGACAUUGCCGGGGUGUACGGCAGCGCGGAGGUAGGCGCGCGGAACAACAAGGUCCGCCAGGGAAGUGACAAGCGUUCACCCGCACCUCGGCUGCCAGCAGAGAGGUACGCGAAUGUCCGGCGCUUCGCUGGCGAGCGUACGCCGGCACUCACGGUCUUUGGCACACGCAAGAUCUGGGACACCCGAUUGGCCUCCCUCGCCUUCCUCUUUGCAGCGGAGGCCGAGAACGCGAAGCAGCCCCCGAACUCUAUAAAUUCGAGAAUCAGGUUCUGGCGUCGGGAGCUGGACCCGGAGGAUCCCAAGGUCCCGAGGGCGGAGUCGUUUCCGGACUUUGCCCAGGGGGUCGGACGAGCGCGGCUGGAGGUGCUGCAACAGGAAGCUGCCAACCGCUCCGUCUUUGGCGUGCCAACGUACAUCCUCGACGAGCAGCUGUUCUUUGGACGGGAGCAUUUGCCGUUGCUGCGUCGGCGCCUCUUCGAGGGAGGCUUCGCGAAACGGGAUGACGAGAGCGUGCUUCGCUCGCCAUACCUGUGGACUCGGAAUGAGCUUUUCGUUCGCAUCGAAGGAGAGGCUGAGCCGUUUCCAAAGGAAGGGCAAUGCUUCAUUAGCUUACUGGAGGAGAGCUGGAUGUUCGAAGCCCUCAAAACAAAGACCCCGUGGCGCAUCCGCGUGGGCGAGCACGCCAAGAACAUCCGCAACCCCAUCCGGGAGAUCAUGGACUCGGUGUCGGGCAAGGAGAACCCGACGAAGAAGCUUGUGUCGCUUGCCCAAGGCGAUCCGACCAGCUAUCCGCAUCUCUGCCCAAGCUCUGCAAUGAUCGACGCGCUCCAAGUAGCGGUUGGCUCAGGUCGCUUCAAUGGCUACCAACCGAGCCAGGGCAGCCUCGUGUGCCGCGAGGCGGUGGCGCGGCACUUCACGGCCCCGGGGCGGCCGACACUGCAAGCCCAGGACGUCUUCAUGACCUUGGGCUGCUCGGAGGCACUCUCGCACUGCAUCGCCGCCCUCGCGGCGCCUGGCAGCAACAUGCUGCUGCCGCGACCAGGUUUUCCAUUGUACUCCGUCCUUUGUGAGUAUCACGGCGUGGAAGUGCGUUACUACGACCUCCUUCCCGAUUGCGGAUGGCAGUGCGACAUUGGGGGCAUUGCCAAGCUGGUGGAUGAGAACACCUGUGCCCUGCUGCUGAACAACCCCUCCAACCCCUGCGGCGCGGUCUUUACGCGUGAGCAUCUGGUGGCCGUGCUGUCGACUGCAGAGGAGCUUGGUCUUCCAGUGAUUGCGGAUGAGGUCUAUGCGGACAUGAGCUUCUCCAGGCCCUUCGUUUCUUGCGCCGCGGCCACAGCCAGCAUCCCAAUUCUCUCGGUCUGCGCCCUCUCGAAGCGCUGGCUAGCGCCAGGCUGGAGAGUGGGCUGGAUCGCAGUCCACGAUGCAGACGGGGCGCUGGCGGCCGCGGGUGUGCCAGACACGCUCUUGAAGCUUUGCCAGGUGUCUUUGGGUCCAGCGGCACCUAUCCAGGGUGCCUUGCCUGAGAUCUUUGCUGCGGCACCCAGCGGUUGCGACUGGCACAACGGAGUCCUGACGGCCCUCGAGGCCUCGGCACAGUGUUGCAUGCGGCGGUGUAGCUCCAUCCCGGGGCUGGAGGUCGCUUCGGAGGCCCAGGGCGCGAUGUAUUUGAUGGUGCGUUUGAAGCCGAACGCCCUGGACCUCGGCACAGACGAUGUCCUGCUGGCUAGCAAGCUUCUGGAGGAAGAGUCCGUCGCCGUCUUGCCUGGCCAGUGUUUUGCGGCUCCCGGGUACUUCCGUGUCGUCUUCGCCGCGCCUGACACGGUACUAGAAGAGGCAUGGGACCGGAUCGAGACAUUCUGCCGCCGCCACAGCCGGAAGGCAACUUGA